GGAAAGUGGCGAAUGCUAGUGAAGUGAAUAAUCAAGCCCCAUGGAAACAUAAACGUUCAAGACGUAACAAUGAACCAACUUAUCUGAAAGACGAUGGUGUCAAUUAUGGGAAGAAAAAUAGGAUCGUUAGUAUGAUGAAUAAAGAGAACAUUAGUAGGGAGGGAGAAUAUGUACCUGACAUUCGAAUAAUGAAUGAAGAUCCAAAAG